GUGCUGUGUUUCGGGAAGGUGGCUAAUCUUGCUUGCUCGCUAUCAACGAAUGAAGAUGGAAUUAAAAUUGUCCAAACGGCAGCCAGUCAAAUGGAGACUUUGUGCCCCCAGGUGGUCAAUGCCGCUUUAGCUCUUGCUGCCAAGCCUAAAAGCCAGGUGGUGAAAAGCAACAUGGAAAUGUAUAAGAACACAUGGGAGAACCACAUACGUGUGCUCACUGAAGCCGUGGAUGACAUUACAAGCAUUGAUGAUUUUCUUGCUGUAUCAGAAAGCCACAUCCUCGAGGAUGUAAACAAGUGCAUCAUGGCGCUAAGAGAACAGAACAGUGGCACACAUUGUUUCUGGUGA